AUGACUGAAAAUGGUAAAAGAAGAUUUUCAAUACCUUUAAAUGUAUUCAAAAAUUCAAGUAAUUCUGUUAAAAAUAUCACAAAUCAAAGACGUGCAGAUUUUAGAAGAGUUUCUGAAGAUGUUAACAUUCCUCAUCAUAUUAAUAAUAAUAUAAGUAAUAUGGACUCACAAAGUGAGAUGGAAUUAAGAGAUUGUUAUCAAUUUUCACCAAAUUCUGUUCCAUUAGAUAAUAGAGUUAUAAAAUUUGGAUAUGCAAGCUUAUUGGAAGUUGUAAAAUGUGAAACAAUUCUUGAAGCAAAUGAACAAAAUUUAGACAAUUGUUUCGAGUCAUCAAAUAAUAAUGAGACAACAUUUGAUUCAAAAAAUAGUAUACCAGAAACAAUUAAUAUUUCUGACAACAAAAAUCAAUUAUUUUUACUUCGGAAGGACAAUUUUAAAUUGGUGCAAUUACAUUCAAAAUGCCUACAAUUAAACGAAACAGUAAAUUUGUGGUGUAUGCUGCCUGAGGAAAUUCAAGAAAACAUUAUAUUAAUGAUUGAUAAACGGGAUGUAGUACUAAACAAUAAUUAUGAUUAUAUUUGGAUUGAAGAUUGUUACGCAAAUACGAUAAAAAUUGUAAGUGUAUCUAAUUUAAUAAAAGUAAGUAGAAGUAAGAAAAAAAGUGUAAGAUGGAGAAACUUGUCAAAUGGAAAUUUAACUAUACAUCGUUACUCUAUUCCUUAUAUUCCACCAAAGUACAAUUUACUUUUUAUUAAUACAAUUAAAAAUAACAAAAAAUGUUGUCUUUUAACAAUUUGGAUUUUUAUGAUUUUUGUUAUUAGUGUUGCAAUAACUGUUAUUAUAAUAUUAGAUUCAAAAGAGGCAACAAAUUAUAAUCGUAGAAAUCAUACAAAUUUUAUGAUGUAUGGGUAA